GAAAUAUACCAAUUUUACACCGAGUCAUGUCUUUUUCAUUCAUAAGCUUCACAGAUACUGAAUGCCUACACUGUACCAGGCAUUUUGAGGAAUUCUUGGCUGGAGUCUGACCUGACUCCUCGGUGGAGCGGAAGAGAAACAUUGUUUCCUCUUUGAGAGAAAUGGAUGCCUCUGGCCCCUCGGUUCCCUUCUUUCUAAAACCAUGCUGACAAAGGGAAAGAUAAAAAUACAUCUCUUGGGGUGCCUGGCUGGCUCAGCUGGAAGAGCAUGAGACUCGAAUUCCGGGUGGGACUGAUGAUGUGGCGUCCAUCACUUCUGCUGCUACUGCUGCUGCUCAGGCGUGGGGUCCAGGGCAAGCCAUCCCCUGACGCAGGCCCUCACGGCCAGGGGAGGGUGCACCAGGCAGCCCCCCUGAGCGAGGCCCCUCAUGAUGACGCCCACGGAAACUUCCAGUACGACCAUGAAGCUUUCCUGGGACGGGAAGUGGCCAAGGAAUUCGACCAGCUCAGCCCAGAGGAAAGCCGAGCCCGUCUGGGGCGCAUAGUGGACCGCAUGGACCGCGCAGGGGAUGGGGACGGCUGGGUGUCGCUGGCCGAGCUCCGCGCUUGGAUCGCGCACACGCAGCAGCGGCACAUACGGGACUCGGUGAGCGCGGCCUGGAACACGUACGACACGGACCGCGACGGGCGUGUGGGUUGGGAGGAACUGCGCAACGCCACCUAUGGCCACUACGAGCCCGGUGAAGAGUUUCAUGAUGUAGAGGACGCCGAAACCUACAAGAAGAUGAUGGCCCGUGAUGAGCGGCGUUUCCGGGUGGCGGACCAGGACGGCGACUCAAUGGCCACUCGUGAGGAGCUGACUGCCUUCUUGCACCCCGAGGAAUUCCCUCACAUGCGGGACAUCGUGAUUGCUGAAACCUUGGAAGAUCUGGACAAGAACAAAGAUGGCUACGUCCAAGUGGAGGAGUACAUUGCGGACCUGUACUCGGCCGAGCCCGGGGAGGAGGAGCCGGCCUGGGUGCGGACCGAGCGCGAGCAGUUCCGGGACUUCCGCGACCUGAACAAGGACGGGCGGCUGGACGGCAGUGAGGUCGGCCACUGGGUGCUGCCCCCCGCCCAGGACCAGCCACUGGUGGAGGCCAACCACUUGCUGCACGAGAGCGACACCGACAAGGAUGGGCGGUUGAGCAAGGCCGAGAUCCUGAGUACCUGGAACAUGUUCGUGGGCAGCCAGGCCACCAACUACGGCGAGGACCUCACGCGACACCACGAUGAGCUCUGAGCCCCCAGUGUGCCCGCUACAGUCUUGUGGCCCUGUGGGAUGGCCGGAGGAGGGGCCCUGGUGGCCAGGCCCUCCUCCCCAUCUGGACCUGCGGGACGUGGCCACACCCACCCCGUGUCCCUGUCCCCCUGAGCUCUCAGGGACCCAUCAGGUCAAACUUCUCCAGGACGCUGCAGCCCCUCCCUGCCCCCUCCCCUCCCCCGGGGUCUCACAGACCCGAAGGGUGAGUGACCAUCCGUUUCUCACUGGCCGAACCCCCCCAGCCCAGCCCAGGCCCCCCCCCCCCCCCCCCGUGUCAAGCUCAGCCUUAAAGAGCCUCCACUGACCAUUCCAGCUCCGAAUCUGGGCCUCACACCCCACAACAGAGAAACACUCCCCACCCCGCACCCCACCAGCCCCCCCAGGACUCGCCCGCCGGCCGGCACGGCCCCCACAGUGCCUCCUCUCUGCCAGGGAGGCAAUAAAUUCCAGUGCUGGGGC